GAGGAAAGUUUGUAAAUGUUAUAUCGGAAAUUCUCUUGCACUGGAAAUUUCGAUGUCCUGUAAGUGGUAUAACAGAAGAAAACGCUCUCGCAAACACAGCAACUCCACCAUAAGAUGACACAUACAAAUAUUCCUGGAGCAGAGAAGAUAAUGGCUUCCCAGUGGACUCGUGCAAACAGUGCAGAAAAGAAGGUGCCCCAUACUCGGAUUGAGGAUGAAUCCAGCAUACAGAAAGUCUAUUCCUUUGGGGAGAAAUUAGGUCAAGGCAACUUUGGCUUUGUCUGCGAAGCCACUCACAUUGAGACGCGGAGGAAGUGGGCAAUUAAGAAGGUGAACAAAGAGAAGGCAGGCACUUCUGGUGUGAAACAUCUGGAAAGGGAAGUUAGCAUAUUGAAACAAGUGAAACAUGAACAUAUUAUACAUCUGCAGGAAGUCUUUGAGACACCAAAGAGGAUGUAUCUUGUGACUGAGCUUUGUGAAGGAGGCGAUCUAAAGCAUCUCCUGCAGAAGCGAAGGAGCUUCACUGAGGAGGAGACCAGACACAUCAUCAAAAGCUUAUCGGAAGCUAUUGUUUAUCUGCACAAAAAAGACAUUGUUCAUCGUGACCUCAAACUGGAAAACAUUCUUGUGAAAAGUUGUCACCAAGGCAACGAUAACGAAAUGGUCAAUAUCAAGGUCACAGAUUUCGGGCUUUCCGUUCAGAAGGGUGGCGUGGGCAGUGAGAACAUGCUGCAGGACACCUGCGGGACACCCAUUUACAUGGCACCUGAGGUGAAAAAUGGUCACCAGUAUAGCCAACAGUGUGAUGUGUGGAGCAUCGGCGUCAUCAUGUACAUGCUGCUGUGUGGAGAGCCUCCUUUUAUAGCCAACUCUGAGGAGAAACUUUUCGAGGUGAUAAUGAAGGGAGAGCUCACUUUCUCUGGCCCUGUGUGGAGCACUGUUAGUGAAGCAGCUAAAAAUGUACUGCGAUGUCUGUUGAAAGCUGACCCGGCGCACCGCAUGACAGCCAGGGAGUUGCUAGAUAACCCUUGGAUUUCGGGGGAUACGUCCACCACCACCACACGCACAAACGUUUUAGAAUUGAUGCAGCAGUUCCGGAGCGCACCAGAGGUUGAAGAGAGUGUAGAGAUGAGUGAGGGACUAUGCAACCUGUCUCUCGUUUCCAAUCAGGAUGGAGAAUCAGGGUCUGGAACAUCUCAAGAACAAUCAGGAACCCCAGUACCUCCUGUGGAGGACUUCACAGACAGCAACAAGCCUUCCAGUCUGAACAAGACGCCUCUGAAGAAGAAAGUGUCAGCCUCUAAUGGUGUUAAGAAAAGCGCAAAGGCCUGCAGCUCUGUCAAUUCAUCCUCUACACAGUCCUACACAGGUAACAAACCCCCUGUUCAGCCAAGCGCAAAGAGCUACAGCAAGGCCUCCAUCUCGGGAUCCUGCGUCAAAUCACCAGCAGAUGCAGCCGCUGUAGCAUCCAACUCAAGCAGGCGCGAAAGCCUGUCCCCACGCCCCUCCACCUCUUCCAUCCGCCGUUCCACCAAUACAGGCUUUGGCUUCCAGGCUAAAAAACACAGCUAGACCUCAGCAGGGAGACUGGUUGAGUGGCCAUAUUGAGUGCCAAAGGUGAGGAAUGCUGUUCCAGGGAUCCACUGGGCUGCGUUGGGCCUGCCGGAGUGACUUUUAAACCAGAACCAUUUUACAACAAAUCAAAAGUUAAAAUCAGAACUCUACUUGCUUUACUUUUAUAAAACGGUGAAUUAUAUUUUUGACAGAUUGUGAGAUUGAGAGUACUGUAAUUUAGACUCCCUGGCUGUAAUAGCAGUAGUUCCCACUAAAUUAUCUCUAUACCCGUACUGGAAAGGAGCUUUUAAAGGAACCGUUCACCCAAAAUGGAAAAUUCUGUCUUCAUUUACUCACCCUCAAGUUCAAAAUCUGUAUACAUUUCUUUGUUCCAAUGAACACAGAUAUUUGGAAGAAGGCGUGUAACCAAACAGUUCUUGGCCACCAUUGACUACCAUAGUAGGAAAAAUGUAUUUAUGAAUUUCUUUGUUCUGUUGAAAACAAAAGAAGAUAUUUUGAAGAAUGUAUGAAGCAAACAGUUCUGAGGCACUUUUGACAACCAUUGUCAUUUUUCCUACCAUGGUAGUAGCUGAUGAUGACCGAAAUUUUAUUUUUAGGUGAACCGUCCCUUUAACUCCAUACACAUUCGUGAUAUUCAUUUAAGCAUAGUAACAACCUUAAAUUUUAAAUAAAAAAAGAAUGCUCAUAGGGGUUUGGAACUAAAUUAAAUGAUGACAGAAUGUUCAUUUUGGGGUGAAGUACUCCUUUAGUCCUUUUUUUGGACUCAGGCCUCCUCUUUUUGUGAGGAUAAGGUAUUAGUUUUUUGUCUGCCCUCAGGCUCACAGAGAUUUUAGUUGAAUAGAUGAGGUGAAAGAAAACCAACAUGCUGCUUUAGUUUUUUGAAAGUGGAACAGAUGAACUUAUUACUGUAAGAGCCCUGCAUGGCAUAAUAUCAGUGACAUGUAAGAAAAUGCUCACAAGUAAUCUAUUGAAAUCUAUUGAAAUGUUUCUUUGUGAAGAAUGUAUUGGUCAUAACAGGGUUUAAUAGCUUUUUGCAACGGAGUCAUUCAAUUUGAUCUCCAAACAGAACAUUGUAUUCGCCACUUUAAAUUACAUGCCACAGCUAUACAGACCUCAGAUUUCCCACUGAAUCUGUCUGUUCAUUUAAAGAAUGUUAAUCUGUUCUCCUGUUUAAAAUGUAUUAAUCAUGUCAGUCAUCUUUUGCCAAAUAUGAAAGGUAGCUGUUGUGUAUUGUUAAGUUUUUGUCGCCUAUUGCAAAUAAAUCAUCCAACAAUCAAUAUUGUUUUAUUUCACU